AUGCAGUGUCUAAGCACAGUUACCUACGCUUAUCUGGUGAACGGCUCGGCACAAGAUCAUGUAAGGCCAAGUAGAGGCUUGAGACAAGGGGACCCGCUAUCACCCUACAUUUUCAUUCUUUGUAGUGAGGUUCUAUCUGGACUAUGUAACAAGGCCCAACGGAUUGGAAAAUUAUCUGGAAUACGUGUUGCAACGAGAAGUCCAAGAGUAAACCACCUCCUCUUUGCAGAUGAUACGAUGUUCUUCUGUAGAUCAGAUCCCCAGAGCUGCCACGAACUCAUGAAGAUCAUACACAAAUAUGAGCAAGCGUCGGGACAGAUGAUAAACAAAGAUAAGUCAGCGAUAACCUUCUCCUCCAAAACAAACAAUCAUGCAAAAGAAAGGGCAAAAGUGAUACUCGGAAUUCAAAAGGAGGGAGGGCUAGGCAAGUAUCUUGGGCUACCUGAACAUUUUGACAGGAAGAAGAAGGAUUUGUUCAGCAUGAUUGUGGAUAGAAUCAGACAGAAAGCUCGGAGCUGGUCAUCUAAACAACUAUCGCAAGUAGGAAGAAUGGUUAUGCUAAAAUUAGUCCUCGCGGCCAUGCCCACCUACACAAUGACGUGCUUCAAACUACCCGUCUCGAUGUAUAAACGGAUGCAAUCUGCUUUGACAAGAUUUUGGUGGGAUGGAAAUCAGGAAAACAAGAAAAUGUGCUGGAUCUCAUGGAAGAAAAUGGUGGAAUCAAAACGAGAUGGUGGGUUAGGGUUCAGAGACUUACAAAACUUUAACGAUACUCUUCUAGCCAAGUUGAGCUGGCGAGUUCUCAACCAGCCGAAUUGCCUCCUCGCAAGAGUUCUCCUCAACAAGUACUGCCAUGAAACCACUUUCCUUGACUGUGAUGUUUCCACCACGGCCUCGCAUGGGUGGAGGGGAAUCUGCAUAGGACGAGAUCUCCUAAAGCCAAACCUCGGAAUGACCAUUGGAGAUGGAACAACAACGAGGAUAUGGACUGACCCGUGGCUGUCGCUGGACGAGCAAAGCAGACCAAUGGGACCACACCCGCAACAUGCCGAGGAGACGAAGGUGGAGAGUCUACUAUCACCUACAACGGGAGAGUGGGACAGAGAAAAAAUCAGAGCAAUCCUACCUUCGCAUGAGAAACAAAUACUUGAGCUAAGGACAAGUAAAUUAGGCGGCACAGACAAGCUAAUUUGGUUGCAUACAGAAGAUGGAAACUACACAGCAAAGUCUGGAUACUACGAAAGGCUCAAAACUGAUAAUGAACUAAUCAUGACCGGGGAACAAGAGGAAGGUGAGGAACAACAGGAGGAACAACAACUACAAAACCCAGAAGAUUUCAAGUAG